UGCACCAUAAUAAAAGCAAACGUCAACAUCGUUCCGUUUUGCGCACGUAAUUUACACAUCGUAUUUUGUUUCAAAUUGAUUGUGAAUUGAAGAAUGGAAGAAACUGCAAAUAUUUGCGAUACCAUAGAAAAUGACGAUUUUUUCCGCAUUUUCCUCAAUGAUGAACAGGAAGCUAAGGCACAUCUGUCAUCGGUGAUGACCGCCACGGAUCAGAUUUCGAAACUUUCCGAGGGUCUGGAGCAGGUCUCGUCCCAGCUGCAGAACCAAGUUCGCAGCCAGUAUGGCGCUCUGCUCUCGCAAGCAAAUCAUGCUGGCCGGCUUAAUGCCGCUAUCGGUUCCAUUUCCGGCCACAUCGAUUCCCUGCAGGUGGGAGCCGAACGGCUGAAGAAACAAAUAAAUGUACCGUACGAGCAGAUGGAAACGCAGACGAAGAUUCUCGGGCGGCUGCAUGAGGCGUCGCAUUUGUUGCGUCAGAGCGGACGGUUUUUGCAGAUUUACAAAUGUCUUGAGCAGACGAACGAUCUUCCAGGGCAAGCGAGUAUCGUGUACGAGUUGGAGUGUCUGAUGCAGGAUGUAGAUUUGAGUGGGCUGAACUUUUUACGAAAUGAGAUCGCGGCAGUGGGGGCCUUGAAGGUGCGGUUGACACAUUUCGCCAGUCGUGAUUUGUUCGAUGACAUCCAAAACGAGAAGUUUGAUGAGACUAGAACGUGUUUGAAUAUAUCGCUGAAUUUGGGAUCGUUGGCGAAAUGUUUGGAUAAUAUUCUUGAAACUUAUCAGCAGUAUUCAAAAGAUUCUAUAAGGCAUUGUUUCUCCGCAUCGGACGUUAGCAAAUUGCGGAAACAAGAACAUCCGGGCAGUUCCGGCAGAGAGAAACAAGAGAGAGGACAACUCAAAGGACCCGGAAAAGCUCCUACCCUGACAAAUUCGACAAACUUUCGAACUAAGUUGUGGCAAGCAGUUGAAUGGUUAUUUUUGGAUGAGUUCCACGGUUUUUGCCUGCAGUUAUCAUUCCUUCAGCGAUGCUUGUUGAGUUUACCUCUGACUGAGGAUUGCCUGGAUUUGGCAAAAACAAUCGAUAAACGGUUUUGGAGCUCAUUGGAGAAGCAAUUGGUUGAUUUUUUCGCCAAUGCUCAGCCUCAUAUUCAACAAGCGCUGAAGCAGGGCCUUCCCAAAUUACUCUCGAUUGCCCGAGCUUUGGAAAGCAAAAUGGAGAACAGAUUUGCCUUUAGCGAAAAUGCCUUUGUAUCGCUAGAGGCUGGUUAUUUGGAAAAAUGCGCAAAUAGUUUGAAGGCAGUCAUAACGGAUGUGGAUUUCCCGAAUCAGGAUACUAUUGACGUGAUUGUACGCGUGGCAUCCGCAGAGCUGAAUGCCGCUAUCGUGGAUGAGAGGCUUACGCGCCAGGUUACGGGUGUGAUAUGCGCUACAAAUAAGGAUUUAUGGAACAGGAUUGAACGCAACGUAAAACUUGGCGCUGAUACGCAGCAGGUUCUGGACAACCCGAACCCUUCUCAAUCCCAGAACAUAACACUGGCAAAUAUAGUGUUUUACCAUCAUGAAGCUAUCAAUCGAUUGAUUCACAAUUUGGGGGCCAAAUUCUCCGGUUCCAAAUCAGCGAGUCAGCUAAGACAAAGUCUACAAGAGGGUCGCACUAUCACUCUAACGGUGAUGCAGCAGCUAAUCGUUUCAAUCCAUUCCGCAGUCAAUAUCAUCUUACUAAGUAUGCAUCGUGAACCGGGUUUGAAUACGGCCAAUAUAUCAACGGCCGGUCCUUCUUUCUAUAUGAAGGAAUUGCAAGACUUCCUCCUGCGUGCAUGGAACGCACACAUCGUACCAUUCGCGGACAAAACGAUCAUCGAAGAGAGCGGCCAAAAUUUGGCCGCUCACUGUAUCGAACUGUUCGUACAAAAUGUGGCCAUAAUUCGUCCAAUUUCCAACACCGGUCGCUUGCGGAUCAAAUCCGACUGUCACCACCUCGAGCUGGCACUCAAACCCAUUGUCGUGGAUUUGGCGGUCCUGGGGAAAAGUUUUCGGCUGCUUCGAGCUGUCUCCUCGCUGCUUGUGUUGUCCGCCGAGGAACUGGUUCGGCAAACUUCGGAGAAAGGUGGUGCCGUGCCACCGUAUAUAGUGCUGUUUAUGUUGUUCGGUUUCGCUGGACCGGAUUUGGCCAGUCCGCACACAACGGCUGGAUGGUCUAACGAGAAGCUGAUCCAAUGGCUGGAGUCGCACACGGCGGAGCGGGAUCGGCUGGAGCUGGUGACUGGUGCCCUGCAGAAGUAUCGGACAGUCGUACGGCAGAAAAAUAUUUCACAGUAUGAUGUGGUUUAUCCGUUGAUAGUGAACUAUCUACAGGAAAAUGUGGAAGGAACUCUCAUUGAGAAAAGCGAUUGAAUAUUUGUAUAUGUUAUAUUUCUGUUUAAAAUGUUUGUAGACUCCCAAUAAAAUUUGUAUAUGUAAGCAA